CAGCAACGAAACGGUUUGGACGUAAAGACAGUGACCGUUUGAGAUCAAUUUCACGCGCGGUGUGUGUGACUGUGAGUGUUAGUGCUGUGCCUUUGGAUAUAGGAGAAACGCGAUACUCAACAAACUGACGAAGCAAAAAAAACUUCACAUGUCGUUUUAAGGCCGGAUGAAUGCUGCGAAGAGGUAGGGACAAUAUCUUCUAAUAUAUAUUAUGUAUCACUUCAAGGUCAUGUCGACAUGAAAGAGAUAUACUAGUUCCAUAAAGGUGCAGCGAAGCGUUAAAGUGGGAUUAUGAACAGACACAUGAUCUAGUCAUGACUAUGGCUUUUCUGUUCAGCGCGUUGGGUGCACUCACCCUCGUCAGUCGCACGGGUUGUACAGAUAACACGAAUGGUGCUAAUAACGGAGUUCAGGAUUUGGAAUAUCCUGAUAUAGAACUUGGUCUAACUCAGCGGGGACCACACUUUGACGUGGCCUAUUCAAGAAACGUCACUGCACUUGUUGGGAAAACCGCACAACUUAAUUGCAGGGUUCACGACCUUGGUAAUAGAACGGUGUCGUGGAUCAGACAUCGAGACAUUCAUCUAUUGACCUCCGGGAGAAUGACUUACACUUCCGAUCAAAGAUUCAUCAGUGUACACAAUCCACAUACAGAGGACUGGAUAUUAAAGAUAAGAUUUCCACAGCGGCGUGACUCUGGUAUCUACGAAUGCCAAGUUGGAACGACACCGCCCAUUGGACACCGGAUGUACCUUUCAGUUGUCGAACCCCUGACUACAAUACUGGGAGGUCCGGAGCUCUUUAUCAACAUGGGUAGUACUAUAAACUUGACAUGUGUUGUUCAACAUUCGCCAGAGCCACCGCCUGCGAUACGCUGGACUCAUAAUGACGAAGAAAUAAACUAUGAUUCGCCUCGUGGUGGAGUUUCGGUGAUUACUGAAAAGGGGGAGAUGACGACUUCUCAUCUUCUGGUGCAGAAGGCUCGUGCGCCCGACUCCGGCCGUUAUACCUGCGCACCAGCGAAUGCCAAUCCUAGAUCUGUCCUCGUGCAUGUAUUAAGUGGAGAGCACCCAGCCGCGAUGCAACAUGGCGGUCAGCUUCGUCUGCAAUACCCGCUUUCUGCAGCAUUACUUAGUGUAAUCGUCACUCUUAUGGGGUGCUAGUACUUAAAAACAGCUUUAAAGUUAUGUUUUAUAUUUUUCUUAUAGACUAUCAUAUUUUAUUAAACAAAAUUAUUCAAAAAGAAAACUUGAAGGCGAUGGUUUUUUUGUUGCAAAAUAUUAGCGUUGUGACCAAAUUUACAUAUACACCGGGUAUGUUAUUUUGUAAAUACAUUAUUAUGUAAGAAAUUUGUCUAACUAAUAAUAAUGAAUACUAUCGAAAAUAUUGAAAAUCUGUACGUAAAAUACAGUGGAAAAAUAUUACGUUAGUGAAUACAAAAUUAAUAUAACAUUUGUAUAUAAUAUGUAAAGUUUUGACUUAAUAGCCUGUAAAAGAUUAGGUUACCUAAUGUAACAAAUAUCGUAAAUCAGUUGAUAUAGAUGUGCGUUCCAUGGUCUCUUUGACAAAAAUAUUGAAACACUUUUACAUCCUAUUUCUUAUAUCCUCUCUAUCACUGUCUCUAAAAAGUAUUUUAGUUCUUAUGAUUUUCAUCGCUCCGCCUUAACCCUUCAAUUUCCUGAAGACGAUGGGAUUAUAGAUCCUAUGUACUUGUCCUUUUUACAAUCUUUGGUGAAGUUCAGAUAAGUUCAUAACAUUUAAGUUAUAUACAAUGUUAUUUAUUUUAAAUAUUAAGAAUAAAAUCUGGUUAAAUUAAAAAAAAUAGCAGCCACUUUAUUGCUAUUUAAUUUUUUAUAGGUUGGAUCUCAAUAAAACGAAAUCGCUUACUGUGCAGCGUUGGCACGGGCACAAACCUUAACGAUAAUAUUUAUACGUCGAAUAAAUAUCAAAAAGUUUAUCUUUUGGCUGGAAUUUAAAAUUGGAAUUGGACAACCAAGUUGGGAACACCUUCGCAAAUCUUUCCUCGCAAUAUAAUAUUCUGUGGGAAAAUUUAAGCAGUCGUAAGAUUUAAAUUUGAAAACAUAUUUUUCAAAUAUUCUGGUUUUCAAAAGAACUUGAAAUUUUUGGAUCAUCCUUUAUUAUAUACGUAAAAGCUGAUACAAAUUUAAAGUAUAGCAAUAAUAAGUAAAUAUUUUAUAUAAAUCAAAACUACCUACUUUCUUUGUCUUUAAAAAAUAUUAUUAUAUUCCGUUUUAAUACGCAUAUUUUAUGCGACGACAGUAGUAACAUUCGGCCUUAGUAGCAAAUGGGAAUACAUAAAACAUAGGACCUUGAUUCUUUUCAAUCUGACCAAACCUUGACAUGAAAUCCAGUAUCUUACAGUCUUAAAUAACAUGUAGAAAUUGAAUUUAUUCAAUUGUUCGGAAUACUCCCAAUUUUAUUUGAUGCCGUGAUAUUGAACAAAAGAAAUAUAUUUCAGGGAAAUGGUUAUUGAAUUUAAAAUUUAAAUGUUCGGAAGAAAUUUUUAAUACAAUUUUGGUAAUUGGGAUAUUUCUAAUAUGAAUAUUUUGAUAAAAUUUCAAUUUAAAGAAAUUAUACAUAUAAAAACAUACUUUGUACUGUUAUAGUAAAUUAAAUUUUAAAUAUUUUAAAUUUUAAUAAUAGAAAUAUGGAUCUCAUUGAAGAGAUCAUAAUUUCGAAAAGAAUUAUUUUUAUUUUCCUUAUUAAAAUUAUCUACAUUUUUCUUAAUUGAAUAUUAGAAUAUUACAUAGAUUUCUAAAAGUUACAUUACAGCAAUCAUAUUAUCAUUAAACAUUAAAUUUGUUAUAAUUAAAACUAAACAUAAAUUGAAAAAACUUUGAGUUAUGUUAAUUAAUGUAUAACAUUUCUAAAACAGUGUACGAUGAGUUAUAAGUAGCAUUUAUUUUUAAAUAUAAUACGAGAUAUGUUUAGCUAUUUAAAAUAAAGGCAUUUUUAAUAUACGAGUAUUUUUUGUUUCUAGUACUAAACAUUGUUAAUAAAAUACAUAAUAGGUUGUCUCUUACUUGCAACCUUCAAAAUAUACAUUAUUUAUAUAUAAUUUUUGAUGAAUAAUGUGAAUAUAUUGAAUUUAUAUGUAUUUAUAUUCUUUUCUUGGAGUCCUUUGAAAGCAUAAUAAAAUAUCUUUUUCUUUUGAUAAUUUUGAAAAAAAAGACGACAAUCUGAAAUAAUUAAAUAAAUUUAAUGCUUACAACCUACCAAACUAAAACCCGUCAAUAUGUUUUUUGUUUAAAGACGUUAAGAGAAAAUUUAUAACUUAGAAACAAUAUCUCACAUUCCGAUUUACGGUAAUUACACCAAUGUUUUAAUACAGAGUAAGUUAAUGUUAAAAUACACAAAUCUUGCAUAUUAACUUUAUUCUUGCAAACGAUUUAAACUUAAUACCCGGCAAGUAUAAAAAUGUUAUCAGUUUCAUUUUCAUUGAAGUGUUGUAAUGACUGAAUCACACAAAUUUAUUGUAAUGUAAUUGUUAUUACUGAAAACUUUAUAAUGGCACUUAACCUAAACUAGAUUUGGCUCCUAUUCUUAUAUAAAAUCUCCCUAAAUUUACUGCUAUUCAAGGAAAUCUUACCGUUUUUCCACUUUCAACCCCGGCUUAGUCAGUUUGUUUAGGGGUCCAUUUGGGAUUAAAAUACUCGAAGCCAACGCGAAAAUUGACACGUCCUUUUAAGCAAAUUGUAAAGGUUUGAAAGAAACCCUCGACAUAAGUUGUUCUUUUGCUUUUAGCUUCAAGUUUACGCUUCAAUGUAAUAUUGAGAAUCAUAAUUGUAUUUUACUUACGAUGACGUUAAUAAAUAUGAAAUAGCUGUGUUGAAGAUUCGUUGAAACACUUUAAGUACCGAUUGAAAAUAUACAAUUCAAUUUAUUGUAUUUUAAUGGAAAAUUUGUGUCAAGAGUCCCAAUUAAAUCGGUAUUGGAGGUCGAAUGUCGAUUCAAUAUUAUAUGAAUAGCACGUAGAUCUAAAGUAACAAGGUUAUUUCUUAAGUUAUUUACAAUAUCUAUGUGUAAGUAGAUUUACAUAUAUAAUAUGAUAUAAGUAUAGAUACACGUUUUAUUUUAUAAUUUCAAUUUUGUAAAUAUGUUUCUCAUGUUAAUUAAGUAAAUAAAGUUAUUGAUCGUC